AGCCCCGGGCCAUUUGCCAGUCCAGAGCAGACAGAACCCUGUUGUGCUGAUAACCCAAUUUCCCAACCCAAACGGUACCAGCGGGCCCAAGACAGCAGAUUCCAGCCCAGACCACAGCUUUGGGUCGGCCAGAGGAAGAGCAACGUGUACUGACUGCCCCACCAAACAGGUCUGGUUUUCCAGUGGAUGUCCAGAGGAGACAUGGCCAAACCUCUGCUGGGCCACGGGAGCACGGCAGGCGAGCGCAGCCCGCCGCCGGUGCCAGCCGGGCGCACCGUGGGCGUGCUGGGCAGCGGGGACUUCGCGCGCUCCUUGGCCGUGCGCCUGGUGCGCUCCGGCUUCAGGGUGGUGGUGGGCAGCCGCAACCCCAAGCGGAAAGCCAGCCUGUUCCCUGCUGCAGCAGAGGUCACCUUCCAGGCCGAGGCCGUGAAGAAGGCGGAUGUCAUCUUCGUGGCCAUUUUCAGGGAGCAUUACUCCACCCUCUGUGACCUGGCUGAUGUGCUUGUGGGCAAAAUCCUGGUGGAUGUCAGCAACAACACGGAGAUCAACCAUCACAAGGAAUCCAACGCAGAGUACUUGGCCUCCUUGUUCCCAGCCUGCACCGUGGUAAAGGCCUUUAAUGUGGUUUCUGCGUGGACGCUGCAGUCGGGUGCCAGGGAUGGAAAUAAGCAGGUUCUGAUCUGCUCAAAUAACCAAGAAGCCAAGCGCACCAUUGCAGAAAUUGCUCAAGUCAUGGGAUUCACCCCUGUGGACAUGGGCUGCAUGUCAUCAGCCUGUGAGAUCGAGAACAUUCCCCUGCGCCUCCUGCCAGCCUGGAAAAUCCCCAUUUUUUUGGCUCUGGGGCUUUUUCUUUGCUUCUUCACCUACAACCUGAUCCGGCAAGUCAUCCACCCUUACAUCAGGGAGCAGAAGAACAAGCUGUACAAGAUCCCCAUCGAGGUGGUCAACACCACACUGCCGUGCGUCUCCUACGUCAUGCUGUCUCUGGUCUACCUGCCUGGGGUGCUGGCAGCCUGCUCCCAGCUCUACUAUGGCACUAAGUACAGGCGCUUCCCAGAUUGGCUGGACCAGUGGCUGCAGCAUAGGAAGCAGAUUGGUCUCCUCAGCUUCUUCUGUGCAGCCCUGCAUGCUGUGUACAGCCUGUGCCUGCCCAUGCGCCGCUCCCACCGCUACCUGUUAAUCGAGACGGCCGUCAAGCAGGCUGUGGAGAAGAAGAUGACAGUCUGGGUAGAGGAGGAAGUCUGGAGGAUGGAGAUUUAUAUCUCUGUUGGAAUAAUUGCCCUGGGCUUGCUGUCGUUACUUGCCAUCACUUCACUUCCAUCCAUCGCAAACUCUCUCAACUGGAGGGAAUUCAGUUUCAUUCAGUCCUCCCUUGGAUUUAUUGCCUUGGUGAUCAGCACUCUGCACACGCUCACGUACGGCUGGUCGAGGGCCUUCGAUGAGAACCAGUACAAAUUCUACCUGCCCCCAACCUACACCCUCACCCUGCUGGUACCAUGCACUGUGAUCAUAGCCAAAGUCAUCUUCAGUUUGCCCUGCAUCCAGCACAGACUUCUGAGAAUCAGGAGGGGCUGGGAGAAGGGCAGAUACGUCAAAUUUGUUCUGCCCAGCGCAACGGGGGAAUUCUCAAGUGGGGAGACCUCCAGUAAUGUCUAACAGCCCCAGCUCUGAGGAUUUCAAAGCACUAUCAACAUUUCUAAGUUCAAAGGUGUUUCUUUUUCUUAAAUAUAUGUAUGUUUUGGUAUAAUGGUAUUGUUGAUAAAAAAAAUAAAAUUUGGUGACUUUAGAAAAUGGAUGGCCAUCAAACUAGGUUAGACAGUAGCAGUUAAAUUAUAUUGCUGAUUUGCUAGGACAAUUUUUGCCUUAAAAGUGACUGUGAGAGCUGAGCUAGCAGCACUAAUAUACAUGGAAACUGAUGGACUCUGUUAGUCAGAUCAGUCACUUGAGGUGCUGCCUGGCAGCUCCCCAAACCAGUACUUCUCAGUUGCUUUCCUAGCUGCUCUCAUAAAAUUCAAUGCCUUUAUUUUUUAAUAUGAUGUUGCACAGAUUUUCUGGAGUUUAUGACAGCAAAGAUACCACACCUCUUGAGUGUAUGGAUCAGUCAAGGCAGUGAGGUUUAGAAAGAUCAAUUGCCUCUGGUUUUGUUCUCCUCAAUGAACUCUGUGGACAAGUCAGUACAGCUAUAUUCAUGUUACUGUGACAGCAGAUUUUACUAAAAAAAUCAUCAAAUCUGACAGCAAGUCCAGUAUCCCUGUUGUCUCAAAUACAGACAGCACUUCUGGUCCUGGAAGCAGUGCCUGAUACAUGUUUAUAAGCUGAGGAAAUAAAGCACCUUAUCCAGGAGUGUAAAAGCAUUUGAGAGAGAGACAUCCCCAAUACCAGACGUCUGGUCUGCACUGCUGGCUCUGAGAUGACAGCUGCUGCUGCAUGUUCUCUGUUACACUGAGCCAAAGUUCCAAGCAGUAUUUGAUUGAAAUAGGGCGAGGAUAAUUAUUGGAAUGGCCUGCUGCUUCACAAAAUUACAUGGAGAAAACCAAGGCCUUCCAGCUGGCCUUACAUCAAAUAAUAGGGUGAAGCUUUUAGAAAUGGCUGUCACCUGAACAUUCCCAUUUAAGCAAACAAAACAGCAGCUCUAAACCCACUGGUUUCACUAGCAAUAAUAAGAUCUUUGAACAGUCAUGCAAAGGGAUCAUCAAGUUUUGACCACAACAUGAAAACAUGUUGUACAUUUUGGGCACAGUCCUUCAUUGCCUUACACCUUAAAAAGUCCCUUGCUAGAUCACAAAGCAGGUAUGAAAUGCUCUUCUGACUUCACACCCACUGUGGACAGAGCACAGGGCAAAGAUUUCUGUCCUAAUUUCAUGUUUCACCUGUUGCUUUCUAUGAAAUUCUUACUCUUUAUCAGAAUAAUUCUUUAGGUUUUGGACAUCCAAAUCACCAAGCAGCGAAUGGACAGCCAUUCACUACAGCUCAUUUAAAAGCAAGCAAUCAGGAUGACACAAGAAGACUACCUCAGGAAGGUCAGGUACAAGGACAUGCCUGGAACAGCCUCAUUUUCCUACAGUGAAGGAAAAGACACUCAGUGUUCAGUGUUGCUUUGAGAAACAAGAGCUGUCAGCACCAAAUGAGGUACAGCUUAUGGGACAAGGAAGUACUUGUUACCAGACCAGUUAAUACAAAGGGCAGGGGGAAUGAUCAGCUUUGGGGCACAUAAACCCUUCCACAAACCAACGUUGCUCCCAUAACCUGGAAGAGUUCUACACAGACAGAGACUCAUAAGAAUUCCCUUUUUAGCCUCAAGUAACUACAGUGAGUAAUAUUCUCCAAAUAUUGCUCAUGUGGCCAGUGAUGAUAUUGACUGUUAGUUCUUGCCUAACACUUACAGUAAAGUCUCCAAAUGCUGCUUCUUGAGGGGAAAGCCUAGAUUUCAUAAAAAGGGGAUUUUUUUGCUGUUUCAUGGGGUUUGGACGACGUGGUCAAAGUACCAUUAUUUACCACUGUCCCUCUCAGCAAGCUGAGUUUGUUACGUUUCCCCAUCCACCUCCAGAACUUAGCCCAGAUUGGCACCUGACCAAAUCACUCUCCAAGCAGACUGAUGACCCAACACUAUUUAUUUCUGGCUAGGUGAUAAGUUUCCACAUAGAUUUGAGACAGUUUCAUCUGAAUAUAAUUCCAUCUACUCUGAUUUAACUCAUCCUUGAGGGAAGACUGGAUUCAGGAAGCCUGGUUUUUAAGUCAUCCUUUCCAUUUCAUCAUCAGGCAAAGACAAGAUAAAAGCACCAGUUUACACCCUUUAUGGUGUAUUCCAAUGCCUUUUUUCCCAUCUAGGUUUCUUUUCAUAUCUUUAGGUCAGGCAAGACCACUGUCUGGUAGCCAAAAAAGAUCAGGAAGCAGAGAAAGAGCAUUAUACAGGAUGGCAGGCUUUGUCAUCAGGGGGAAAAGAAUGAUUUAUUUUAUUUUGAGUCACUGCAAGGUUAAAGACUCACCUUUCUGCCCAGCAGAACGUUUGCUCCCUCACUUUGUUUACAAGACUUCCAUACCUACAAACCCUUUCCCAUGGCAAAGGGACAGUUUCCAUGAGCAGAGGGGCAGUCAGUGAGUCAGCAUGGUGCUUUUCAGAUGGACACAAGCCCAAAGGGACAAACAAGCCAGCUCAAAAUCCCCAGAGCUACUGCAGCUCUACAGCAUCUAAAGAAAAAAGUUGGUCAAGUGUCUCCAGGUAAUGCCUGUGCCCACAGACUGGCCAGCCAGCCACUAUCCUUUUUGAAAACCAAAAUCAAUCCUUAAAAAUGCAGAGCAGCAUUUCACAUUAUGCCCUCUGUAUGCAUCUGGUCCUGAAAACAUAGGACACAACAGUUUGAGUCGUUUCUUCUGAUUCUGGAAUGCUGAAAAUGAAAGUAAGGGAUUUUUCAGUUAUCUUUUCCCCAAGCAUUUUUGAUGUGCAUAGGACAUUCAGUGAGAUUGGCUUAAAAUUUACCAUUUAACUGGUUUUGUACUUGAAGUUUUUCUCUCUUUCUGUAUAUAUGUACACACACACACAUAAAUAUAUGUAUCUUAUUGCAGAAUAUAUAGCUUGAAUGUAAAAAUCUUUGUAUUUUUAUUUUCUGUACUGCCUACUAUGUGCCUCUGGGAUAUGUAAGAACCAAAUGAAGAGCUGUAAGAGUAAGGCCAGUUUUAAUCUCUGGCCUCUGUAGUUAUAUAAAGAUGUUCUGAACAGAUCUACAUAAUUAUA